GGAUUGGGAUUGAGGUCCAGCCGCUGUCGUACACAACCACCCCAAGCUUCACCCCAAGAUGACGAAGCGCACGAAAAAGGUCGGAAUCACCGGAAAGUACGGUACGCGUUACGGUGCCUCCCUGCGUAAGCAGGUGAAGAAAAUGGAGAUCUCGCAACACGCGAGAUACACCUGCACCUUCUGCGGCAAGGACGCCGUCAAGCGCCAGGCCGUCGGCAUCUGGAAGUGCAGCGGUUGCCGGAAGGUGAUUGCUGGUGGCGCAUGGACUGUGUCCACGACCUCGGCAGCGACCGUGCGGAGUACCAUCCGUCGCUUGCGCGAAGUGACGGAGGCAUAGAGCACUGCUUCGUCAUCGUCCCGCUCCCUCAUCGCUCUCCUGCAUCUGUAUGCCGCAUGUACUAUGAAUCGAUCCCACCCAUGAAUAUGACAGUAUCCUGCCUGCGCGAUCGACAUGGACUUUCAUAUCCCACCUACUCCUGAUCUGGCCUUCGCGCACGUACGCCCAGAUGAUGCAAAACCUCACACUCUUGGAGUACCUCGAUGAAAUCCAUGGCUCGGGUUGCGUCCUGGUACACUUCCCUUGGAAGGAACCGUUCGCAAUCCGGGUCAAGAACGGAAAGCUGAUGGGCUUCAGUAGCCAGAAAUCCAGACAUGUCAGUAGGGCGAUAGUGAAGACAUGUCCUUAUGCUGUUCUGCGUUUGAGUGGUCCCCACC